AGGAGGAAGAAGAGGUCUGACCGGCGGACAGCUGCUGCGGAGAGAGACAGAGAGAGGAGAAGAGCCUUCAGACUGCGGUCAGUGCGGGAAUCUCUGCGGGAAACUUUGAGUGAUAACCAGAAGACACGAGCAGCUGGAUUUCUGGACUUUUUCUUCUUCUUUUUUGGGGAUUUAUCAGACUGUGCCGAGAUGAUUCCUCACAUCCUCACACACCUGCUCUGCCUGCUGUGUGUGUGUUCAGCUCGGCCUCCAUCAGCUCCUCCUCAGUCUGUGAAGAUGCAGACGAACUCUCCUGUAUCCGGCUCUCUGGCGGGGCGGGUGGUGCUGCCGUGCCACUUUGCCAUCGCUCCUGACACCACCCACUCUCCCCACACCACACUGCCCCCCACCCCGCCCCCUCGUCACUCCACCCCGAGCCCCGACGAGGAGCUGAGGAUCAAGUGGACCAAGCUGGAGGAGGCGGGGGAGAAGGUGGUGCUGGUGGCCCAGGGCAGUGUCGUAAAGGUGGGGAAGGAGUACCAGAACAGGGUGUCGGUGCCGAGCCACCCGCUGUCGGUCGGUGACGCCUCUCUCAUCAUGGUGAAGCUGCGGGCGAGUGACGCCGGGCUGUACCGCUGCGAGGUGAUGCACGGGAUGGAGGACACGCAGGGCACCGUCAACCUCAGCGUCCAUGGCGUGGUGUUUCACUACAGAGCUAGCACAAGCCGUUACACCCUCGACUUCCACGCCGCUGUGAGAGCUUGUCACGACGCCGGCGCCGACAUCGCUGAACCCGAACAGCUGAAGGCUGCUUUCGAGGAUGGCUUCGACCAAUGUGACGCCGGCUGGCUGGGCGACCAGUCCGUCAGAUACCCAAUCACAGUGCCCCGUCCCGGCUGUUCUGGUAACCUGGAGAGCAAACCAGGAGUGAGAUCGUACGGCCUCCGUGACCUCAGUGAACAAUACGACGUGUACUGUUACGUGGGCAAACUACGAGGUGAGGUCUUCUACCCCAACCUCAAAGACAAACUCACCUUCCAGCAGGCGUCCCUGGAGUGUCAAAAACACGACGCCGUGAUGGCCUCAGCGGGUCAGCUCCAUGCAGCCUGGAGGGCGGGGCUUAACCGCUGCGACUACGGCUGGCUGUCGGACGGCAGCGCCCGCUACCCCGUCACCGUACCCAGGCCUCAGUGUGGAGGAGGCCUGCUGGGGGUCCGCACGCUCUACAAGCACAAAAACCAGACCGGCUACCCUGACAAAACAGACAAACACGGAGUGUUCUGCUUUAAAGCUCCUCCAACGACCCCGAGUCCUCCGAUGACCUCAACUCAAACCAAACCUAAACCUGGACUAGCCGUAGACCCUGAAAAGGCUGAAAUCCAAACCAGAAGACCAGAUUAUGCUGCAUACUCACCCACCCAGAGACCGCACACAUCCACUCCAGACCAGCACGCAGCCCCCACCGCCGCCCCCGUGAUCCCCACCGUUGAGUUUGUCGACUACGAUGUCGCGGACUUUGACUCCCGCCAGGUCGAGUCAGUCCCACUCAGAGGAGACAUCUUGGCCCCCAUGCACCUCCCGGCGCUACCCACCACCCGCUCGCAGCCCCCGCAGCUCGACAUCUCCAGCGGGGAGGCGGGCAGCAGCGACAGCAGCUCCAGCUGGGUGGUGACCCCGAUGCCAUCGCAUGUAGGAGUGGAAGACGCAUCCAGACCGCCACUAUCAGGGGUCAUUCCAGAGACGGGGGCCGAAGAGGACAGGAGACCGCCUGCUGUGGUUUUUAAGGAGGAUGUGACUGGAACCGCCCCCGUGGUAGACAUCGACCAAUCAGUGGCUGUUCCCGGAGACUCGGACAAACCGCCAGUCCAUAUCAUCAUCGUCAACGUGCACGACCAGAACCAAUCAGUCGACCACGUCCUGGACAUCCUGAACAAACCUAUCAGCGAGUUCGAUGGCGCCUCCUUCCCUCAGAUCACCGACCUUUCACAGUUCUCCAGCGGCGCCGUCCUGGGCAGCGGAGACGUCGAUGCUUUCGGGGCUCCCAUCACUCUGCCUCCAGCUAUCAGCUUCGUCAACGGGAAACACGAGGUGACGUUUGCUCCACAGCUGCCGGAGGAAGCCAGAGGAGACCAGUUUGAGACGGUCACCCCGAUCCUGUCCAAUGAGAUAGGAGAACCAGAGGAUGACUUCAAGGAGGUGGAUCAUGUGACCCCCUUUGACUACGGUACUAUAAUCCACACAGAGGAGAUGCCUUCAGAGGAGACCGGUGAUGGAGCCUCUCCUCCUACAGAAACCUACCCAGAGGAAGUCCUAGACCUCUUCCCUGAGCCUGACUUUGACAGAGUCAAAACUGAAGAACCAGGAGACCACACAGUGACCAGAACCACCACCAUGACCCCCUACAUGUCCCACGCCUUGUCAUCUGUAUCUUCAACAACAUCAGGCCCACGUCAAGCCGUCUCCAAGCCCGGUCCUGAUGGACUCUCCCCGUACGAGGACACAGAAGGUUCAGCAGGCCGUGGAACCGACGCCGAGGCAAUAGUGAUGGAGGAGGGCUCUGCAGGCGCUGAGCCCACCGCCGCUGCAGAAAUCCAGGCAGUUGAUAGGACUGAUGAGACAGAAAUCGGAGGGACGGAGCCUCCUACGCUCAUCCCAGACAUGAAACCACAGCAGACCACCACACAGACCCAAACUGAGGACCCUGAAGGGUCAGCGUCUGGAGUAGAAGAUGAGGCUUCAGGACAGGAACCACCCGAGAUGCCGAGAGGAACCAGCACGGUGUCACCAAUUUACUCCCCAGCUCAGACCCAGCAGCCCCGCACUGAUGUCCCAGAAGCCUCUGCGGUUCUCCCGGCUGUGGAUGCGGCGUCAGAGGCCGGUACUGAUGUCCCAGAAGCCUCUGCGGUUCUCCCGGCUGUGGAUGCGGUGUCAGAUGCCGGUACUGAUGUCCCAGAAGCCUCUGCGGUUCUCCCGGCUGUGGAUGCGGCGUCAGAGGCCGGUACUGAUAUCCCAGAAGCCUCUGCGGUUCCCCCGGCUGUGGAUGCGGCGUCAGAGGCCAGUACUGAUAUCCCAGAAGCCUCUGCGGUUCCCCCGGCUGUGGAUGCGGUGUCAGUGGCCGGCACUGAUGUCCCAGAAGCCCCUGCGGUUCCCCCGGCUGUGGAUGCGGCAUCAGAGGCCGGCUCAGAUGGAGAGCAGCUGUCCGGAGAGGGGGAGAGGGAGGGGCAGGUUUCUGGGGAGCAGGGUGGUCUGGUUGACCUUCCCACAGGGGUCUCUGCUACUGUUUUUCCAGAUGUGGCAGCUGUGACGUUUGGAGAGCAAACCACGCUCGCCACAGACGUUCAGGGCAUGACCUCAAAGACCAGCGCGCCAAAACCCACCACACUGCCCCUGCCUGCUGCUACAGGUGAGAAGAGACAGCCAGCCGAGGCCGGGGCUCAGACCCCACACCCCACUGAGUUUUCAGUAGCCCACGUUGAUCAGUCCACCACCAGAACCACGCCACUGUACACCUUCGACCACAGCUCCCGCUCUGUCCCACAGUGGGCUCUGGUCCCCGACCCUGCCGCAACCCCUCUGGGGGAGGACUUUGAGGACUAUGAUGGACGCAGAGAGACUUCCAUGGUGGAGUCUCAGCCUCAGAGACCACAGCAGACCACGGAGCAGCCAGAGAGCGGCACGGACUUGGACCAUUCUCUGGAGGCCAGCACUGUGGAUGUUAGAGAUCUCCUGCCCUGCUCCACCAGCGUGUGUCAGAACGGAGGGUCCUGCUACAAAAAAGGAUCACAGAAUAUCUGCGUGUGCGCACCUGGAUUCACGGGGCCGCGCUGUGAAACAGAUGUGGAUGAGUGCCACUCUAACCCGUGUCUGAAUGGAGCCACCUGUCUGGAUGGAGUCAACUCGUACACCUGCCUCUGCCUGCCCAGUUAUGCCGGGGAGCGCUGCGAGCAAGACACUGAGGUUUGUGGAUACGGCUGGCAGAAGUUCCAGUCUCACUGUUACAGAUACUUCACCCACCGUCGGACCUGGGACUCUGCUGAGAGGGAGUGUCGGCUGCACGGCGCCCACCUGACCAGCAUCCUAUCGCACGAGGAACAGACGUUUGUCAACCGUCUGGGCAGUGACUACCAGUGGCUCGGACUCAACGACAAGAUGUUUGAGAGAGACUUCAGAUGGACGGAUGGCAAACCAAUGCAAUUUGAUUACUGGAGGCCGAACCAGCCGGACAGCUUCUUCCAGUCAGGAGAGGACUGUGUGGUGAUGAUCUGGCACGAGGGUGGCCAGUGGAAUGACGUGCCCUGCAACUAUCACCUCACCUUCACCUGCAAAAAGGGGACAGUCUCCUGUGGUCAGCCUCCUGUGGUGCCAAACGCCCGGGUCUUUGGAGCCAUGAAGCCUCGCUAUGAGAUCAACUCCUUGCUGCGUUAUCACUGUAAGCAGGGCUUCAUCCAGAGACACGCCCCCACCAUACGCUGCCGCCCCAACGGCCAAUGGGACACGCCUAAAGUCACCUGCACGAGCCCCGCGACCUUUCACAAGUCAGUAGCUCUGCGGCGCCGCACCAAUCAGAUCCCAAUGCAGCAGAGUCAACCGUAUAACCAACACAUCCAUCACACCAAGACUCCUCAGUUACACAACCCAAAACCAGAGCAGCCACAGAGCUACAACUUCUUCCAGCGUCUGUUCCAGAGGGCGAAGAGGCAUGAGGAGGAAGAAACACACAUCGAGGACCAGAUGAGACGCUGACGGGUUCAUGGGGGUUCAUCAGAAUGUUUGUCGCUCCAGAGGCAUCGUUAGACCGAAAGAUUUACGGGUUAUCGAUGCCUCUUUAGAGGGAAAGGGACGUGUUUUACAUAAAUGUCCAAAAACACUUCAGAUUCCGAACCAUAACACUAGUGAGGAUUUAGAUCGUUGUUAAAGGUAGAUCUCAAUGCCCCAUACUGCAAAAACGGUGCCUUAAUGUCCUCACUGUGUGCUACUUUUUUAUCUCUUAGCCAUCAUUACCGUGUUUCCAAUCCAAAAAAAUCUAUCAGCCCAGAGAAAUCUCAUUUAAAGGAACCCUAUGGAGCUUUUAUAAACCUGCAGACUUAGUUUGACAUUCCUUAGCAAAACUUGUUUGUGACUGUUGAUUGUUUCCUUCAGGCCUCAUGUUUCUAAAGGCAUUUCCAUCCUCAUAAAGCAUUAGCAAGGAUUUGGAGCCUAACUUUGUUUACAUUCAUGUUGAAACUCUUAGGGGACCUUUUAAAACCUGCAAGACUAAGGUUAGGGGGGUUUACACGUGGAGCCUCCUAUAGCUCAUUAAACAUGCUCCUACAUAAGUGAGGUUUUAAAUACCAGACUUUUACCUGCAGCUUUACUGUCAUCAUAGUAAAGAAUAUGAAUGCAUCUCUACUUCUGCAGCAGCACUCUAGCAGCUGCAUGCUUUUUGUCAUGCAUACAUCUCUUACUCACAUUUCAGCUUUGUUUAGCAAGAAACUGAGCUUAAAGCAAAGACAAGACACAAGUAUGGAGCAGCUGAAAUGUGACAAACCAUGUUUGCAUAUGUAGAAUUCAUGCAUCAUACAACUUUAGGAUGGAUUUAUUGAUGCAUCCAGAUGUUGCUGCUCUAUGCUUCUGCUCUCGCUCCUUGUCUCUUCAAUCUGCAUGCAAGCUUUGAUUUAACUUUGCAUUAUUUGAAUGUAUUUAAUACUGUGGUUUGCUAGAAUUGCAAAGCAAAGGAAGAGAAGAAGCAAAGCAGCUCAUUAUCUGUUACAUGACUAACUUUGUUUUUGCAAUUUUUCUCUGUUGCUGGUGAACAAAGGAAAUAUUAGACAAUCUGUGGCCAACAAAAAGGUUUAUUCUUGCAACGUCAAUCAACACGUACAGCAGUCAGUAAGCAUUAUAGACGGGGGGGGCAGGGAGAAGGAGAGGGAGAGGGAGAAGUGGAAGGGAGCAGAGUCAGAGACAGAAGAAACCCCCAGCAUCGGGAGACUAGCACCUUUAUCCUUGAGCUACGCCCCCUCUGUCUGGGCAGAAUCCACGCCCCUAAAACAUACUUCCUGCCCCCUCUGUCUGCUGAGACCUUCACCAAGACCGGGCUUUGUUUCCAGGUGGUCUGGACAUCACACAAAAGGACCCUUUGAUUCAGUCAUGGGCUCCAGGUUUCACACCUUGUCAGGAAACUGGCCCAGCCAGCCGUUGUUGUUUUGCAUUUACAUAUGCAGUAAGGUGGACCUUCCUAGUCCUAUCGUUUCCCCAUGUCUGUGAGAGGAUAGGCGACAUAGAGAGAGAACAGUAAGAACAGUAGAGGGUGUUGGGGAUCACAGUUGGAGUGCUGAGGCAAAGGAGCUAAUACCCCAUUACACUUUCACUGCAAAGACUCAAACCUAACCUGUUUUUGUGUUGCUUCUAGCAAAAUACUCUAAGUUUAAGUCCAGAUUAACAUCCUAUUUUAAGAUAAUACAAGCGAAAGUGACAUGAAAUGAGAUGCACUUGCUUGUUUGGAUCGUACGUCUCAUUUCAAGACAAAUAUUUUACUGCUUACAAGCAAAUCAGGCCUCAUUUUUGGGUCCUAUGUCUUGAAUUAAGAUAUUUUUCUGGAUUUGUCAGGUGAAAAUAGGUCAAAACAGCAUUUUUUUCUGAUUAGGUAUUAGAUGCAUACACAUUAUGUUUGACUUUUUGCAGAGCUGGAAGUACCCGGUGAAUAUGUUGAAGCAUUUAGCUGCAAAACAUUGCAAAAGCUGCUAAACUGACAAGUAUAGUAAAAUUAUUUGUUGUGUUUAAAGACUAGAUGGUCUUGUUUUAAGGUAAAAUGCAUCCCCAAUGGUCUUCUUAAGAUCCUUGGUUGCAAUUAAAGUAAAAUUUGCUUUUUUUGCAUGAGCCUUUUAUGCAAAGCUUUAAACUUGAUGCUACAAGCUUUAAGCAGUGAAAUUUGUUUGUUGAUGUUUUUACUUCCUACCAGUUAUUCAAGUGCAUUUCAUUUUUUCUUCUUUUUAUGUCUUGAAAUAAGACAUUUUUGUGCACCUAUCAGGCAGAUACAGGUUAAAACCUUAUGUAAAUAGAAAUUUACACUUCAUAAUAUUCACUUUUUUGCAGUUAAGCAAAACAUUUGGCUUCUUAAUCCCGCUUUAAUUGCAAAUAUUAUUAAGUCUAAUGGCCUUAUAUGGAAAUUAAGACAUAAAGAGUCUUGUUUCAAGUAUGAAUAUAUUGCCAGUUGUUUUCUUAGGAAAAACCUUGAUUGCAUUAAAAUGCAUUUUACACAGUUUGUCUAGAUAAGCAUUUUUUCCUCAUUUAGGAACAUUAUCAAGGGACAUGUGUACAAAACACUUGGCAGAUAUUUUCACUUCUAACAGAUUUUCUUGCUUUUUGUAUCUUGAAAUAAUACUGACUUUUUGGCUUCUUUGGCCUAAAAAACUGUGCAGACAUGCAUGCUUGGAUUGAGUUUUUGCAGCGUUGCAGGUCGUAGCAGCAACUCAAGUGCUUUUUAGUUUUAGUUUUAUUUCUCUGCAGUAUAUGCCAGCUGAUACAUGGAUAGCAGAGCUUUUUUAUCAUAGCAAGUGUUUGCAGAAGCAUCUUUACUUUACUGCAAAAAAAGAGAAAAGAACACCCUAUAAACACUCCUUCUUACUUCCACAAGCUCGUAUAAACUCCACAGGGUUCCUUUAAAUUACGGGUUGAUCUUCGGUGCAUUUGAAGCUAACAUUUCACCAGCCAAAAACAAAAUGUGCACCUAAAUAUUUAUGCAUUAUAAAGUUGAGUUCUAUCAUCGUCCAUCCUUAAAUGAAAUCCAUUCUUUGAGCCACUUUCACAGGAGAAUUAUCCAAACAUAUUAGCAUGAUUCAUCACUUUAAAUUAUUUUCAUUGAAUAUUUUUCAUAGCAUCAGUUUUCCUUGGUCCAUUUUAGCCGGCUGAUGUCCCUUGUAGAUUUUUGUACAAAAUGUUUUAGCUGAGAGGUUUAAAAGGGAGAGCAGCACAGACACACAGAUGAGGAUGAGUGUGCAGCGCGCUCUGUGUGUGUGUGCCGCUGCUAAUAAUCAUAGGAUUUAUAAGAUAGAUACUCUAUGAAGCCAUAUGGAUUUAACUUAUUGUAUACUUUAAAACUAUGAAUGAACUGUGAUAUAUAAAGGUCAUUGGAUCGAUGACUUCCUUUGCUGUUUACAGACUCUGUCAUGUGUUCGCUGCACGUAGCAUCUUGUUAGCGAUGUUAGCUUGUCGAGCUUUUGAUGUGACUCCAUAUCGACCCGACUUCUUCCCCGCCAGCUGACUUUUUUUGAGCAUUAAAGUUUCCUCAGCUGGAGGUUUUAUAGAUUUUUGUCACAGAUCUGGAAUCUGUGUUUAAAUCCAACAAAAAAGGGAAUGUGAAAAACUUCGACGAACUCCAGGAGAUUUUUCUAUGUGAUCUUUAUUCAUUUUAGCUCCUCUUCUUCAUGCUCUUUUCCUUUUUAUAUAUUGUUUUUUCAGUGUAUAUGCAUUUUUAAAUGUUUUUCUACUCCAUGUGGUUAAAGAGGAUCACUGUAUCUGUGGCACAAGAGCUUUUUUAUGUAAUCAUUGUUUCUUACUGUAAAAGUGUCCAUCAUCUUCCUGGUUUCAUUGUCAGCUGUGUGUGCAAUAAAACAAACUCUUAUAACUCUUAAA